AGGUGCAAAAAUGCUGAGAAAUCAUUUUAAUUGCAUGCAUACGGGUAUGUUAUUAUACGAAGAGAAAGAGAAAAAAUGGCUUGUUUGGCAAAAGACAACAUGGGUUUUGAAAUAUUUCGUCAUCUCGAAAGGAGCUAAAGAGGACUGCGUAUGGAGCAUUUCCUGCUUUAAGGAAUGUGAUUCAAUUAAACAAGACUGGUCAAUAUCAAUGCAAGAAGUAAAGAGCAUUCAUGAAUAUGACAUAGCAAGUGAAAAUAACUUCAUGGGGAUAAGAAUUAUAUUUAAUGAUCACGAAAGACUGGAUAUAAUAUUGAAAUGUGAUACUGAAAAGAAUAGGAAGACAUGGAUGUCGAUGUUAUCACAAGCGUAUGCAGAAAGUCAGCCGUUAUCUGCUGACAGUGGUUUUGGAAGCGGCGGCUCUGUCAUAGGAAAAAACAGAAAUGAAUCAGAUGGAAAACCUACAACGGAGUCAGAUGGAAAUCUCUAUUCUUAUGCUGAACAUGUAUUUCCGGCAGAAGAAAAGGAUGCCAAUCUAAACACUCGUGAAACUUCCGGCUUAUAUGAGUCAUUUUCUCAAAUACCUGCAACCAAUGGUGUUUCUGGUGAAUAUACAAGAGAAACUGAUGAAACAAACGUAAAACAAGUUUUGUCGUCACCUGUUCAAGAAACUAAAUGCUCUCCCAAUGUUUCGACAAGACGUUCUAAUAUUGGUCAAACGGAAGAUGUAACAUUGCCAAAAUCGUACCGUUUACCUGUCUCAAGACCAUUAACAAGAGGUACGCAUUCUGGACAGAUACACAAAAUUGAGAAUAAUCUUUCAGAAGAAACCAAGGAGUGCGAAGAAUUUUUAUCUGUAAGGGGAGACGACAGUUUAUCAGCAGUUGAGAGAGUUGAUGGUUGCUCAGAUAUAUCUGAUUCAGUUGAACAAGAAACAUGCAGUUUUGAUUCGAAAUCAAAAUAUAUAGGAAAAACUGACAGGGACGGAAAGUCAGACUGUUUUAUAACAAAAGAAAACACAUUAAAAUCUUUAGAGGUGCAGAGAAAUCCUGCAUAUGACAAGGACUCAAGAAAGCAUAAAUUCGAGCCUGAUCAACAGAAAUAUUCUCAGUCAAGUAUUUUAACAGAAUUUGACAAAGACGAGCGGAAACCACCUGACGAUGAUGAUGUAAAUAGUUCUCAACCAUGUAUGCCUGAUUCACAUCUUGCAAUAUAUACAGGCCCUACAGAAUCAGACAGUUCACCACGCAAUUUGUCAGAGCCUGAUACAGACAAACAAAAGUCAAAUGAUGUCGAAAGAAAUAAUAUUUAUGCAAAUGUAGCAUGUUCCAAAGACAUAGAACAAGAUGAUUUCCCUUUCGAUGGUAAUGAAAGGAAAAAUGAAAGUGAUGAGCGUACCAACUGUAACAUACAUAAUACUCCUAGUGCAAAUAGCUUCAGCAGUACGGAAAGUGAAACUCCAGAUGAGGAUGCAAUCUACGAAAAUACGAAAUUCUUUCAAAAACAGGACCAUUAUUGCGAGGGAAAGGAAAGCGAUAAAAGAAAUCUUAAAGAAAGACCAGCCGGAACAUUUAUGACUUAUGAUACAGGAACUGAUCUGAAACUGUGUGUCUCCACAGAUAUUGGCAUCAAGAAAUUCCGCAUAUAUCAGCAGGGAGGAAAUGUUUCGGUGUUUAAAGAUUUUUCCGAUCGGGUACACAUUUUUCCUAAUUUGGAUCAUUUUUUUAACUUUUAUCAUCUCAACAAUCUGCCAUUUCACAAUUUUGAAGUGAAACUAGAAAGGGGAUUCAAUACCAAGUAAAGGUCUGAAUGUAUAGUAAAAUGAGACUACAACAAGUCUACAUGGUAGUGUCUGACAAAAAGACGAAAUAUGUUAAAAAAAGAUUUGUGAAACUGUAAAGUUGUCCAAAACACUUCUAAAUGUAUUUAAAAGGAGAUAUACAUGCACGAGUUAUGUUCAAAAAGUUCAUGGAUUACUGUUCACAUCUUAUUUGAGUACACAAUUUUACAAGAGAUACAUUAUGGAACAUGCCCGAUAUACAGUGAAAUUACAAAUAACAAAGUAAUAACAGGCUAAUAAAACAACAACAGAUGUUCAUCAGAUGACAUCGCAAAAUAAAUAUAUAAAAAGUUGUUACAAACGUCAUUACUUUUAAAAGUACUCAGUUUUGAAGAAUUAGUAAAUUAUAGUAUUUAUUUUAAAAUGCCAUUGUAAUAAGUAUGUACAGUUAAGAAAAAUAUUUUAUCAACAGACAAUUAUUCACUUCGGUAAAUCUACCGAACCGAUGGUAGCAUUUAUUAUCAACGAAUAGAACAGAUUUUAAAUCCAAUUAUUGGCCUUUACAGACAUAUAAUCACACGGUAAUAAUAUUAAUUAUAAUCAUUGAACACAAUUAACAAAAUACUUUGUAACAAUAAGAAACAAAGGCAUAUUAAAUGACAAAAGUGACUAAGAAAGAUAAUGUAAAUACUAGUAAGCUUAAUGGUUCACUAUAUAAGUCGAAACAGAUGUUUCAUCUUUUAGAAAUCCGUGUCUAGAUGAAAAACAUUCAUGGACAAAGUUUGCUACAACACAUUCACACUAAACAUCAUAUACACAAACCGUUCUGACAUUUUUUGAGUUUUAAAGUUUGAUACCUUUUCAGAUAUAUGAGUAAUUAAGAGUUCUAUCAACAUCGUAAAAAUUACAUCUCAACAUAGUGUUUUUCUGUUUCAAUAUCUUGUAAUAGACAACAUUUGCAAAUUCUAUCAAAGACAAAUAUUUUUCGAAAUCUUCCCGUCUAUGAGCAAUGAGUCGAAAAGAAAUGAUUCAAGAACAAAAUCUUUAAUAACAUCCAAAUAAGGUUCAUACAUCUCAAUUUUGCUCCAUGCUCUUUGUUACAUCUAUCUAAUCGUUCUGCCCAUUUGGUUUUAAACUGACUUAACAAUUUUCGAUUAAUUCUUACAAUAAUGCUGAUGCUUGGUUGCAAACAAAAUUCAUAUUUACUACUAAGCUAUUUUGCUGUUUGCAUGCAAGGAAAAUUUUUCUUGAAAUACACAGUAUAUCAGCGAAUUUAAUAUUAAAGCAUACUAAAGUAUUUUGUGACUGCGUAAUAAUAUUUUCAUAUAAUGGAUAUCUUCCAGUUUCACCAAGAAUAACAUUAUUUGCAAAUUUUUUGUGAACUCCAAAAACAUAUUUUAAGGCUUUCAAAUUAAAUUUUGUCACAAUACAAGUUUUUAAAUGAGUUUUCAAUAACAUAAUCAUCUUUUUAGCAAUAUACAUGCAUAUUAAAGUAUGAUCAAAACUUAUGAUAAACGUGCAAAUAGAGCUUACU